UCUAGAGUUCGUGUAUGGGAUCUGAUUAUUUUAAUACCCAAUGCUGUGUUUGCUAUUUUUCUUGUGUGGAGAUUAAGAUCUGCAAUAAAUAAAUUACAGAAUUCCAAUAGUCCAAUAUUUAAGGCUUUUUAUGGUUUGGUAUUUCUAGUAGCUGUUAUAAGUAUAUUAAGAUGUAUUGUUGCUAUGACAGUCAAUGCUUCAGUGGUAGCAGGUGAUAUUGCAGACAAGGUAAUAUGGUUAGUGCUGAGAUUUUUUCUUUUGGCAACAGAAUUAUCUGUGGUCACAUUUGGACUAUUAUUUGGUCAUCUUGAAAGUCAUGCAAGUAUUAGAAGAGUAUUGAUAGUGACAUCAUUUAUAGCUUUAGCAUAUUCUUCUACACAGGGUACACUGGAGUUUAUUCAUCCUGAUCCUAAAUUCCGAAUACAAUCACCCACCAAUGGUACUGAUAAUUAUGAUAUUUUUGCCCAUGGUGGAAUGAUUUUCUGGUUCUCAAGCUCUCUUUUCUUUUUUGUUGUGUAUUCUAUUAUCUAUAUUCUACCUUGGACCAGUAUCACCAAAAGACUAGCAUUACCUUCCAAGAAAUCCUUCUAUUUAUAUUGUUUGGCUCUAGCUAUAUUAAACCUGACUCAAUCUAUUGGUAGUGCUCUCAUAUAUUAUAGUAUUGAUAAUGGAAGAUGUGUUGUGGAUGUAACGACUUAUUUAUAUUUUACCCUCUAUGAUCCACUAGUUUAUGGUACUUUUCUUCGAGAAUUUUUCAGUAUAACUCAGCCCAGUAUAUUGUUCUCAUAUAAACAUCAAGUGGAUGAUUUAGGAGAAGAGGAUACAGUAAGCAUGCCCUGCCAUACUGGUUAUGAUAAAGAUGACAACUACUCUACAAGUUAUGAUAGUACCCAUUUUGACCGUAGUUUGAAUUCAUCUGGUAAUCAGCCCUCGUUGUCAGUCAAUUCUGAUUUUUAUCAGAUUUCUACUUGA